AUGGAUUACCCCCUUGUGGAUCAUCCUUUAAGUCGGUAUAACACGAAGCCGCGGACCUUGGCCGGCUUUAGGAUACCCAGUGAUGGAACUUAUGAAACCGCAUAUUCGCUUAUGCUUCUCUUGAAUUUGGAGAAAAGAGCUAGCUUUAGAGCAAAGUUGGAACUCUCCAGUCUGCUUUCCCCGCAACUUCUUAAUAUUGUCAACGAGACGUCCAUCGACGAAGCAUUCGAACCCGGAGUAGCGGGCGCCCCCCCGACCCACAGACGAUUCAUUUUCGGCAACAACGCAGCAGCAGAGCAUCUUCUCGAGUUUAACCAGACCAUCGACAAACUCAGAGAUGCAGAGGACGUGCUGGGCAUAGCGGGACAGAAGUUCCGGGACGCUUUCGGCCCCGAUUACGUAGCCAACGAAGACAUCAGGACGUUGGUAGACUGGGCCAUCUCCUUCGGCUCCCAUGGCAUCUUCCACCGCCUGCGGGCCAUGAUUGUUUAUAUUGAACAGGACCCGUCGAGCAGCUUCAAAACCGGGGAUAAUGCCCCUGAUUAUACUUGGAGGAAGCAUAUAAAGGACAAAGCGAACCGGUGGGGUCACGUCCCGCUCCUAGUGGAGGACUUGCAAGUCGUUAAUAUACGACGUCUAGGCCCACACGAGAUCAACUUUCAAGAUUUAGUUUUCACGCAUGAGAUGUUCAGGAUCAUACACUUUCGACUUGCGCUCUUAGUUGGUACUGACAAUAAGCCAACACCGGAGGCAUUGAUAUUCAGCCACUACAUUAGCAUUAUCGAUGGCUUCAAGAGUUGGAGAUGUGAGUUUCUAUCUUAUCUCAUCACCGAGGAAAAAGCUAGACACAGCAACGCAAGGCAAUGGUAUACCGAAAGGGGUUGUUUGAACAUCGACGAACUCUACGAGGAACUUAUCUGCGUCGUUGUCGAGAUGGCUCGCGCGGUCAUGCAGUCGCGGCCAAUUCUGGAAGCGACGCGUGAGGUGGCUACUGAACUAGAAAAUCGUCUUCAAAGAGCCCUACGGCACACGCCCGACACAUUAUUCCGAGUAGAUCGUUGCAGGGUAUUCCCAUUUACAUUCUUACAGGGUCAGGCCGGCAUUCUUCAUUCGUGGCCCGACCCGAAGAAUGCGACCCCGCCUCUAGUCGAGCACCAUGUGCUUCCCCUUAUGCCAUCAUUCUUACCGGAGCGACCCGUCAAUUUCAGCAGAGUGGAUGGGCACUACACCUUCACGGAGGUCGCUAGAAGUCCUGCGAAUCAUCCUCUGACUCAUUUCAAUAUGAAACAGGAACGCCCUCUCCCCCCAAAGAUUCCUGCCAACUUCUACGCUUCCCAAUAUAACAACUCGCGCCAAGGAGGAGGAGGUCGCUCGUUCCAGGGACGUCACUCCGCGCACUCCGCGCACUCUGCCAACUCCCGACCAGGCUCCCACAGCUCCCAACAAAAUUCCAACCGACCAGGCUCCCACAGCUCCCAACCAGGCUCCGCCACCGCCCCCCGACCAGGAGGAGGAGGAGGAGGAGGUGGUGGUGGUGGCAUGGCUAUGGACAGUUUUAUAAAAAACGUAAAACAGGCAAAGGCACAGGUGGUGGAAUUUUCGGACGCGGACGGCGACUACGACCACGACUCCGACUUCGACCCCGACUUGUCGGCUUCUGACGAGGGGGGAUCCUAUCGGGAAUCCGAGAGCCGCCGAUCGAGCCUCGCGCAAACGACGGACGAGGAGGAGGCGAGAACGCGCAGCAGCGGCAGCGGCAGUGACAGCAGCCUAAGCCUAGAGACGGACGCGCGACCCGGCGGCAUCGAUACUAGCGCGUCGUUCUGGGGGGCCAGUCUGCCGCCCGCGAGCUCAAUAGCUACCGGGGGCCAGCUCAAGAGAAAGGCGGCCGUCGACGCAUACGGAUCGCCGCCUAAGAGGACGAGACACGUGGCUGUGUCGUAA